AUAGGUGUGGUUUGGGUGUGGUUUUAAAAUCAGGUGAGAAGUUUUUGGCUUUUUGCAUGUGUUGCUGGUUGCUGUGGUGAGAGUGGAUCAUAGAUAGAGAGGCUGAUGAUGGAGACUGGAGAUGUAAAGACUAAAGUGUUCACAAAGUACAACUUGGCGAAGUUCUGGACUGUCUGUGUCAUGUUUUUUGUUAAUUUGUUGAACUACAUGGAUAGGUAUACCAUUGCUGGUAUAAUGACUGAACUACAGAACGUCACAAGGAAUGGUUUCAAUGAGACGAUUGAUGACACAGAGGGCGGUCUCUUACAGACAACAUUCAUCAUUUCUUUUAUGCUGUUGAGUCCGAUAUUCGGUUACCUUGGCGACCGCUUUACAAGAAAGUACAUCAUGGCUGUUGGAAUAUUCGUCUGGUCUGGUUUUGUUUUUGCUGGAUCCUUCUCUAUAAAUUAUCCAAUGCUGUUAGCUACCAGAAGUCUUGUAGGAGUAGGUGAAGCCAGUUAUGCUACGAUAGCUCCAACCAUCAUUGCUGAUCUCUUCACUACCAAGAAAAGACUAAGAGUCCUAUCAUUGUUUUACAUGGCCAUACCAAUUGGAAGUGCGAUAGGUUAUGGGGCGGGGUCUUUUGUUUCGUCACAAGUUUAUCAUCAUUAUCAUGUGGAUGACAGCUGGAGAUGGGCUUUAAGAUUGUCGCCCGGCCUUGGUUUAAUAUCAGUAUUUUUAAUAUUAUUUACGAUACAUGAACCUCCAAGAGGUCACAGUGAAGACCCACGGAAUCAUGGUGGGGUCAAAGCAGGCAAUGGAUUUCAACAUUACUUUAACGACCUCCUAGCGCUAAUGAGAAAUCGGACGUUCUUGUUGUCUUCUUUUGGUUUUGCUGCUCUUACUUUUUCUGUUGGGGCCUUGGCUCAGUGGGCACCAACCUAUGUAUUGAGAAUGUCAAGACUUAUUUUUGCUGAUGAUCCAUCAAAAGCAUACACUGAGAGUCAAGCUUCUUUAGGAUUUGGUAUAGUGACAGUUAUUGCUGGACUAGUUGGUACUGUUUCAGGAUCAGAACUAAGCAAGUUCAUAUCACGCUGGACUGACCAAGCAGACUGUAUUGUGUGUGCUCUUGGGCUAUUGGUGGGAUCUCCAUUGAUGUAUUGCGCCAUAACCUUUGGGGCUGUCAAUAUAUAUCUUGGAUGGGUGCUGGUAUUUAUCGCUGAAUUCUUUUUCUGUAUCAUUUGGGCGCCAGUUGGAGCUAUAUUAUUAUAUGUAGUCAUACCAGAGUGUAGAUCAACAGCUGAAGCUAUUCAAAUAUUAAUGAUACACCUGCUCGGUGACGCUUCAAGCCCAUUUAUUAUCGGAGCUGUGUCGGAUGCUUUGGUAAAACAUUUUCGUAACAGUCAUGAUGAGGUGUAUAGCCAAGCCACUGGGAUGCAGUACUCACUGUAUAUAACAGUGAUAGUGGCGGCCAUUGGAGGAGGGACCUUCUUGAUAUCAACAUUAACUGUCAUUGAUGAUAGAAAAGCUGUCAUUGUUCAUGUAAAGAACAAACACACUCGGAAUCCAUCAGAUACCAGCCACCAGUCCUUAAGGAGUGACGUUGAUAUCAAGUGUACAAAUAAUGGUGAUGGUGAUGAUGAUGAUAAUGAUGAUAAUUUAAGUGAUGAGAAGUCUCCGUUGGUUUCCAAUGGACUGCAUGUGUCAAUUAACUCUUGAACAUUAUUUUCUAGCUACAAUUUAUACCUUUAUUGAAUAAUCUCUUUCAUCUUCCUCCUCUCUCUUUUCUUUCUGCUAUUUUUGUGUUUUAUAAUAACUAUGUAAUACUUUUGAUAUGCAGCAACCAUUAAUGAAUAUUAA